AUGAAAGAUCGGCCUGUCAUCAGCAUCGAAAAUUACACCAUAUACUGCGGCGAUGCUGAUGAGAACAAAGUAGGUGGCUGCGCGAUAGCUGUGAGGAACGAUUACAAGAACCUGAUGGAGGAAUUUGGCUCAACGUCGUCUAUAUGCGCCUUUUUAAGACUGCGGGAUCGCAGAGGACGUAAACUCUGGAUCGUAAGUGCCCACGCACCUACGGAAACCGCUGAGCACAACACCAAGGACGCCUUCUAUGAUGAACUCAAAGCUUUGAUGUCUAAAAUACCAAGCCAGCAGGUGGUCAUUGUCGGGAUCGACGCAAAUGCGAAGAUGGGACUCGAACAGCAAUGCGAUGUGGCACGUCAGAAAAUGGUGACUAUGUAG